UGGUUGUAUAAUCCCAAAUCUCAAGUCCUCAGAAUGACCACGUGUGGAAUUUGAACAAUAUUUAAAUUUUAAUUUGAUAAUUAAUAGCUUUCAAAAUAAGUUUCGAAUUCUAGAAAACUAGUUACUGAUUUAUUUCACUUUACUUUAAGAUGAAGCUAAUUGUAAGACUCCUGACUUUAGAGUAAAAAUAUUACGACUUACAAGCCCUUACUCGUCAGUGUAAACUUCUUAGUACUACUAUAAAUUGAAUUUUGAAGUGAGUUUUUGAUAGGUAAUGAACUCGUAGUUAAUAUCAACAUGGAAAAAACCCCAGAGGCAGCCAGUGAUUCCGAGUCUAGUGUGUAUUCUGAUCUUGAAGAGGAAGAAGAUGCCAACACUUCAGAUGAUGCCAGCAGUUCUAAUGAACAGGAAUCUGCAGAUUCAAAUAAUGACAAAGAUUCAGAAAAUGAGAACUUGAAAGAUCACCAUGAAGACCAAAGAAAUGGAGAAUACUUUUUAAAGAAAAAUUCUGAAGAGAAGAAAGUGGAACAAGUUGAAGAAUAUGCCGUGGAUUCUUCUGAUGAAGAGGAUUUACGAAACACUGUAGGAAAUAUUCCAUUGAGGUGGUAUGAUGAAUAUCCUCAUAUAGGUUAUGACUUGGAAGGGAAAAAGAUCUUAAAACCCAUGAACUCUGAUGAACUGGAUCAAUUCUUGAAAAAAAUGGAUGAUCCAAAUUACUGGAGAACAGUAAGAGAUAAUACGACAGGACAAGAUGUCAUACUCACUGAUAAUGAUCUAGAGCUGAUCCAACAGAUCCAGAAAGGCCGUUAUCCAGAUUCUUCUUAUGAUCCGUACGAGGUCAGGGAGGUCAUAUAUAACUUUGCAACGGAACAGGAAGAAAAGUGGAGAAGUAAGGAACCGGAAGAGAGAAAGACAAAUUUCAUUCCUCAGAAGUUUUCUUGCCUUAGAAUGGUGCCAAUGUAUGCGGAUUUGAUCAAAGAACGAUUUGAACGGUGUUUGGAUCUUUACCUUUGUCCACGUGAGCGAAAGAUGAGAGUGAAAAUAAACCCUGAAGAACUGAUUCCUAAACUUCCAAAGCCAAAAGAUCUUCAACCUUUCCCUACCGUGGAGUCCAUCGUGUACCUUGGACAUACAGAUAUCGUAAGAAGCAUUACCGUGGAACCAGUUGGACAGUUUCUUGCAUCAGGGGGUGAUGAUAUGACUGUUAAGUUCUGGGAAGUCCUAACUGGUCGGUGUAUGAAAACCAUUCACUUCAACGGGAAAGUGAAAAAUGUUGCGUGGUGUCCAAAUACAUCUGUUUGUUUGAUUGCUGUGGCUGUGGAAGAGAAGGUGUAUAUUAUCAACCCUGGUCUCGGAGACAAACUGGUUAUCAGUAACACAGACAGUCUCCUUCAAACACCUCUCGAAGAUGUGGGAGCUCAAAAACAACAAAUUAUUAGCUGGUCUACAGCAGACAAUGAGCAAUGGACACAAGGCAUCAGAUGUACGGUCGUUCAUCCUCGUGACGUCCAUCAGAUCACGUGGCACUCCAAGGGAGAUUACUUUGCCACAGUAAUGAUGGAAGCAGGAAAUCAAUCUGUUAUAAUCCAUCAGCUGUCCAAGCGACAUUCUCAGUUGCCUUUCCAACGGUUAAAAGGGAAUGUACAGAAAGUGUUGUUUCACCCCCUGCGGCCAUAUUUCUUCGUGGCUACACAGCAGUAUGUUAGAGUGUACAAUCUUCUCAAACAAGAGAUCUCCAAGAAACUGCUCACCAACUGUAAAUGGGUUUCCAGCCUUGCCAUUCACCCUAAAGGUGAUAACAUCAUUAUAGGGAGUUAUGACAAGAGGCUGAGUUGGUUUGACUUGGAUCUUUCGACAAAACCAUAUAAAACAAUGAGACACCACAAAAAAGCCCUGCGGCAGGUAGCAUUCCACAGACGUUAUCCCCUCUUUGCCUCGGCCUCUGAUGAUGGAACUGUCAUUGUCAGUCACGGAAUGGUUUACAAUGACUUACUUCAGAAUCCUCUGAUCGUUCCUGUGAAAAUCCUUCGUGGUCAUAAAGUUACCCAAGACUUGGGUGUUUUUGACUGUUGUUUUCAUCCCUACCAGCCAUGGAUCUUUUCCUCAGGAGCAGAUGCUACCGUUCGACUCUUUACGUGAUCGUUAAGUUCUAGGAAGCAAUGUGUCUCACCUGUUGUAAAGUUAUAUCAAUGUCAAACUGUUUUCCUUUACUAAACAAGUCUCAUUUUAAGUCCACUGUUAGGAUCCCUUGUGGAGGAAUACAUUGUGAGACAUUUCAUCUGACCUGACUCCUAAUGUAUGCAAGGUUAAGAGGAUAAGCACUGAGAAAAUACUUACAACUUUUCUUUCAGCAUCUGUUCAAGAAAGUUAGUGUACAGUCAUUUCUCAUCCAUUGGGUUUUAAUAUUAGUCAAACAUUUUUGUUUUCUAAAUCAAUCUUAAAUCUUGUCGUAAAAAUUUUAAAAGCACAUAAUAGUAUUUGAUGUUAUCGUAAGUCUCAUAUUUGUUUUGUUCAAGAUAUUAAAAAAUUAUGGAAAAUUA